AUGGCUGCUUUCUAUGGCUUAAAUCUGAAGCCAUACUGUAAGUAUGUGCAAGUGGUAUCAAAGUCAUUUCACAUUUCGACCGUUGCACUGGACGAGGGGGAUUUCGUCAAGUUCUAUUUAACAAUCCACAAUCGGAAGUUUGCGCUGGCGACUCUAAGCAAGUCCAUUCCGCAAGCGGUGUUAGACUUGAACUUUGGCCGCGGCGAUGAAUUGACUUUUGAAUCGAUUGGCAAUGGUACAAUGUCCAUACUUGGCUACGUGCAUGACGGCCAUGAAUCGGAUGACGACUCAUUAUUUGGCGAAGCAGGUCCACAGAAUACGACAGCACGCAAUUGGUAUGGAGAGGAUUACUAUAUUGACGAUACCGAAAACGGUAUGGACAUGGAUUACGAUGAACGAACCUCCAAUGGUGGGCAGUACCUUAACGAUGGACACCACCACAACGAAUGGCCGAACGACAACGAUGUGCAGUCGGACAACGUUGGGAGGUCGGUGAGUGAUGGCCAAAUCGCCACCGCUAGGCUCUCGACAACCGACAGGCAGACUAACACCGAUAGGAGCUCUUGCCGAGAUGACCCGUCGCACACCGAUGGAGGGUCUGACAACGGCGUGCAGUCCGACUACCCUAGGAGGUCAAACAGCGUUGGCCAAUCUGACAACCUUUGGCAGUCUGACAACGAUGGAGAGUCUCACACCGAUAGGACUUCUUAUACGGAUAGUCAUUCGUACCCCAAUAGAAAGUCUAUCACCCAUGGGCAGUCUUGUACCGAAAGGAAUCCUGACAGCGAUGGCCGGUCGAAUACUGGUAGGAAGACCCACACUGGUCAAUCCGACACCGAUGGGUAUUCCGGCAAGAAGUCCAUCACCGAUAUGAAGUCAGACAAAGAUGUGAAGUUGGACAACCUUAGGAAUUCUGACAACCAUGGAUUAUCAAACAGUAGUGGCCAAUUGGACAAUCCUGGGCAUUCCGACACUGAUGGCCACUCUGGCAGCAAUAGCCAUUUAAAUUCAGAUACAAAGUCUAUCGCUCAUGAGCAGUCUGCAACUAAUGUGAAGUCAGACAAAGAUGUGAAGUUGGACAACCUUAGAAAGUCUGAGAACAAUAAGCUAUCCGACAACCAUGAACAGUCCGACAACGAUGGAGACUCGAACACCGAUAGGACAUCUUACACGGAUAAAAAGUCUAUUUACGAGGCUCAUUCUAACGCCGAUAUGAAGUCGAUAACAGAUGGCCACUCUGACGCCGACAGCAAGUCUCACACCGAUAGCAACUCUGACACAGCGAGAAAAUCGAUCAUUGAUGGCCAGUCUGAUACGGUUGCACCGGCUGACAAGGAUGUAAAGUCGGACAAUGAUAUGCUAUCAGACAAUCAACUGCAGCCUGACAACGAUAGAGAGUCUGACAUCGACAGGACAUCUUAUACGGACACCGAUACGAGGUCGAUCACUAAUGGGCUGUCUGAUAAGGAUCAGAAAAUCGAUCAAAUCGAACGGAAGUCGGUCACAGAUGGCCACUCUGACACCGAUAGUAGGUCUGACAGCGAUGGGCAGUCCGACACAGAUAGCAAGUCUUACACCGAUAGUAACUCUGACACCGAUAGAAAGUCUACCACCGAUGGCCAAUCUGACACCGAUGUGCAGUCGGACAUCGAUCUGAAGGCAGUCAACCUUGGGAAGUCGGACCACGAAGUGAAGUCUGACAGCUUUAGGAGCACAGACAGAGAUGGACAGUCAGAGAGAACUAAACAGUACAACAAUGAAAAGUACAACGGAGGACAAUAUAACGCAACAGAGCACAACAAUGCACAGAACUACUAUGGACGUCAGGUCUAUUACGGCGAACAAACCGACUACGGUGGACAGUACGAUAAUGUACAGUACGACUAUGAACAGUAUAACAAUGGAACGUGUAUCGGUGAAUCGUAUCACGUUGAACAGUAUAACGGUGAACCAUAUAUCGGUGGAGCGUAUAACGGUGUAGAAUAUAACGGUGAAGAGUAUAUGGGUGAACCGUAUAACGGUGAACCGUAUAACGGUGAACCGUAUAACGGUGAACCGUAUAACGGUGGGCAGUCUACUGUUGGACCGUAUAACGAUGAACAGAAUAAUGGUGGACAGCAUAACGUUGAACACUGUAACGGUAGACAAUAUAAGGGUGGACACAGCGACUACGGUGAAGAUAGUGUGUCCAGUGCACAAAGCGAUUCUGAUGGACAGAUCCGGUUAGGUAGACAGAGCGAACAAGGCGACAAUGGUAGCCAGUGCAAUGAUGGACAAAGAGACACCGGUGGAGAGCACAAGUACGGAGAACAAUAUGUCCACAGUAAACAGAUUGUAUGUAAUGGACAAAUGGAAAACGAUAGACAGAUUGACCAUGAUGGAGAAAGCGACGACGCCAGACAGUACACCGUUAGACGCUACAAUGGAAAGAUCGAUUACGAUGGACAGAUCGACUACGGUGGACAAUACAAUUAUAGUGGACAAGUUGACUACGGAGGAAAGAACGCAGAGAAAACAUCUGAUAUUCAGUGGUACCCUGCCGCUGAAUCUGAACUAGUACGGUUCGCCGCACAAGAGCAGACGGACGACAACGACGCCAAGGACGACGUGAACAGGACUGAUAAUAGCAAAACGAACAUGAUAUCCAAUGCUGAUGAUGAUUAUUUGCCACCACCGCCAAAAAGGGCCAAGGCGCCGACAUCGAACGCUAUUAAGGAGUCGGUGGUGCUACCCAUAGAUGAUGGGAUGCCUGAAUAAUGUCCAUGCAAUGGUAGAAGGAUAUGUACUAAAUGCAAAUGAAACUGGAGAUCCUGCAAAAGGGGAAACAAGAAAUUACGGAAAUAAUGCAGCUAUAGCACAUUUGAUGCGUCUCUCCAUCAAUUAUUGCAAAACUUAGAAUUGUCAGAUAUAAAUAUACGUAUAUUAUAUUAUAUAUAUAUUAUUAUA